CCUUUUCGCCACACGCACGUUUCAUUUCAGUUCUUGCUUCCGGUUCAUCAUGGCGGCAUCCAUGGCUUCACAGGUGCUACUGAGAGGACUACGUAGAGCUAGCACUAAAUUCUUACUUCUCGAGAAGAGCAAGUUGACGAGGGUGAACCCUAGAAGAUGGCUGAACCUGCAGGAGUACCAGAGCAAGAAGCUGAUGCAGGACAGUGGGGUGGCGGUGCAGCGUUUCUUCGUCGCAGACACGCCCGCCGAUGCCCUGGAAGCAGCCAAAAGACUGAACGCCAAGGAGAUCGUGUUAAAGGCACAGAUCCUCGCGGGGGGGCGAGGGAAGGGCGUGUUCGACAGCGGCCUUAAAGGAGGGGUGCACUUAACAAGAGACCCUGCUGUUGUUGGGGACCUGGCCAGUAAGAUGCUGGGAUAUAACCUGACCACCAAGCAGACCCCAAAGGAAGGAGUCAAAGUGAAAACAGUGAUGGUGGCUGAGGCCCUGGACAUCACCAGAGAGACGUAUUUCGCCAUCCUCAUGGACCGGGCCUGCAACGGGCCGGUCAUGGUGGGCAGUCCCCAGGGCGGGAUGGACAUCGAGGAGGUGGCGGCCAAGACACCCGAGCUCAUUUUCAAGGAAGUCAUAGAUAUUUUUGAAGGGGUGCAAGACGAUCAGGCAGUUCGCAUGGCAGCUAAUUUGGGUUUCAAAGGACCUCUGGAGCGACAGGCAGCAGAUCAGAUUAAGAGACUCUAUGAUCUCUUCCUGAAAGUCGACGCAACUCAAGUUGAAGUCAAUCCCCUUGGUGAAACUCCCGAAGGACAAGUUGUUUGCUUUGACGCCAAAAUAAACUUCGAUGAUAACGCGGAGUUUCGGCAGAAAGACGUCUUUGCGAUGGAUGACAUGACGGAGAGCGAUCCCACCGAAACCGAAGCGGCCAAAUAUGACCUCAAGUACAUCGGAAUGGACGGAAACAUCGCGUGCUUUGUGAAUGGCGCCGGUCUCGCCAUGGCGACGUGCGACAUCAUCGACCUGCACGGAGGAAAGCCUGCUAACUUCCUGGACUUGGGAGGGGGCGUGAAGGAGAGCCAGGUGUACCAGGCGUUCAAGCUGCUCACCGCAGAUCCCAAGGUGGAGGCCAUCUUGGUGAACAUAUUUGGGGGAAUUGUGAACUGCGCCAUCAUCGCCAACGGCAUCACCAAGGCGUGCCGUGAGCUGGAGCUGAAGGUGCCCCUCGUGGUCCGCCUGGAAGGGACUAACGUGCAGGAAGCCAAAAGGAUCCUGAGCGAGAGUGGACUGCCCAUCACAUCAGCCAUCAACCUGGACGACGCUGCCAAGAAGGCGGUGGCCUCCAUCAGGAAGAAGUGAUGUGCCCCGCCCUCACGCCUCACGCCUCACGCUUCCUCCUGUGAUCUCAUUCCAGAUGGACUCCUUGCCAUUCCUGUUUUUCUCUCAGUUAAUACGUCAUCCUGAAUAUUCACCUUUUGUCCUACCUGAGAGCACACCGCCUGCGUUCUGAAUGCUGGAAUCAGGGUGCCUUGUCUCUCUAUACGGUGUAAUUCUACAGGAGGUGAGAUGUCAGUCAGUGUGAGUCUCACAGAGCGAGGCAUUGUCAGAAGAAACAGAAAACGCACUGUUCCUCUGCUGCAGGCAAAAUGCAAAGGCCAAAUAAUGCCUCUGUUGUAUUUUUUAAGCACAUAAGCUUCUGCCGUCACUGUGAAAUAAUAUCAAAGUCUCAUUUUUUGAUGAUUUGCUACAUGUGCUGUUAGCGCUUUGCAGUAUGUAAAAUCAAAAACAAAAAAGUGCCAUCAAAAGAAACUCUACUUUUUUUAAUAUGCUAUUAUUUCGCCUUAUCGCAGAAAAAAUAAUUCUGGUGUUUGAUGCCUUAAAAUACACUAAAAACAUAUACGAAAUGUCAUGAAUCAUGAUCAUGGUAAUCUUAAACCGUUUCUUUAACACCAGAUAUUAUUUUAAAAUACCGAAGUAGCAAUAAAUAGCAAGUCUCUUUUUGUGGCAAAGAUUUUUUAAAUGAUCUUUGGAAUCAUCUCAGUCAUAUAACCGUUUAUUUUUUGAACAUUAUGCAAAAAUGCCACCUUUCUGUCAUAUUGAAGGAUCUUCAAUGCGAGGCAUUCUCAUGAUUGUUUUCUCUUGGUGUAGUUCAAUGCCGGCAGAUUAAUCCAAGACAUAAUUUUUGUCUCAUUGUAAUUGGGGAUUUAUUUAAUGUUGUCAAUUUGUAUGAAAAUGUCAAAGUGUAAUGCUUUCAUAAACUGUAACGGGUCUCUGAGAGAUUAAAUAAAUUUGAAUAUUUGAGUAACAUGA